AUGACUGCCUGUACUACAUACCGCGAUGCGUCUUCGUACGCCCCUGUGUUCCCUUCUCCUCUCAACCCCACAAACCAUGGUCCCGAGAACAAAUACGGACCUGCUCGUGUCGUUCGAAAAAGACGUAGUCGAGCUGGUCGACGAGGACCUCCUGGAUCACACACUCUUACUCAACGGUUCCUUCGUGUCAAGGCUGCUGAUGCCUGGAGGGGACAUGUUCUGAGUGCUCAAGUUACUUCGUAUGAGCAUGCCGAAGCAGCUGCCAUGGCUUCUGUUAAAGGAUACAAGAGCAGAAACUGCUGUCCUUCAAUGCUCGGCCUUAAGAAUCUCGGUCUCAACUUCUCCGUCUCCGACGCCCACCGCAUUGCCAGCAGCAUCCGUCUCCCCGAUCUAUCAAAUCUCAAGACAAGACGUAUGCUUCUCGCCAUGGGUCUCGUCGGUCUUCUACCGGCUCUCAAGGUCCGAGACAUGCUCCGAGCAGCCGAGUCAUUAUGA